AAAACCAUGAGACUGCUCUCUGUUCUGCUGCUUGUCGGAGCUGCUGCGGCAGUUCCCCGCUACGAUGGAAGGAUCAUCGGUGGGCAGGAGUGUGAGCCAAACUCUCGUCCUUACAUGGCGUCCCUCAACUAUGGGUACCACUUCUGUGGAGGAGUGCUCAUCAACAAGCAGUGGGUGCUCUCUGUGGCACACUGCUGGUACAAUCCAUAUGCGAUGCAGAUCUUCCUGGGAGAACAUGACGUACGCGUGUUCGAGGGAACAGAGCAGCUCAUGAAGACUGACAACAUCAUCUGGCAUCCAAGCUAUGACUACCAGACUCUGGACUACGACAUCAUGCUGAUCAAGCUCUUCCAUCCCGUGGAGGUGACUGAGGCGGUUGCACCCAUCUCACUGCCCACCGGGUGUCCGAUGGGAGGCCUACCGUGCUCAGUGUCUGGAUGGGGGAACACCGCCACAGAUGGUGAAGUGAACAUGCCCACCCGUCUGCAGUGUUUGGAUGUGCCCAUAGUGGACGACAAGGACUGUGAAAACGCCUACCCGGGCAUGAUCACGCGCAGGAUGGUGUGCGCCGGGUACAUGGACGGAGGCAGGGACGCAUGCAACGGUGACUCUGGCAGCCCCCUGGUGUGCCUUGGAGAAGUCCAUGGCCUGGUGUCAUGGGGACAGGGCUGUGCUCAGCCCAACUACCCCGGCGUCUACGUUAAAGUAUGCGAGUUCCUCUACUGGAUCGAAGACACUCUUGCAGCCAAUCCUUAAAGAAAUAUAUAAAUAUUUGCUGUCUUCCAAAACCAAAUGGGUUGACCUUUCUCUAAUUUCUCUCGCUGAAUUUGAGUUUUUCUCAAGUUUCACAUCGUUUUACACUUAUUUUCUCACAUAUUUCAGAGAAAACAAAUAUCAGGGUGUAAGAAACAAUUUCCACAGCAACUCAAUACUAAUAGGUCUGACAUGGCUUGAGUGAGACUCAGGAACAUGAUAUUAAAAUGAUUCACAAGC